GCAAACACGCGCGAGGAAAACAAAAGGAACAAAAGAAAAAUUUGACUAAAAAAACACGAGAAAAGAGGAAGAAAUUGAGAAGUAAAAAACACCGAGACAGCCGGAGAAGAAGAGGCGUCGCGGUGGCAGUGCUGCGCACGGCAACCCAACCCUACCCCGGCGAGGACGCAACCGCGCGCGCGCGUCCCCUGCCCCUCGCUAUUUGAACUCGCGCUAGCGACCGCGAAUCGGAAUCCGGAUCGAUUCGCGCCUGCGCGCGAGGGGUUGCGAAAUGCCGCUUCCAGCCGCGAUGCUGCUACUCACCGCGCCCCUUGGCUCUGCCCCGCCGUCUCUGACCCUGACUGUGACACCGAGACGGGUGUCGCUCCAGGCCCCACGGCAGCGGCGGGCGCUCCGGCCGGCGAGGAUCCGCGCGGCGGUGAUCGGCGGAGAGUUCGGCGGCCUCGGCCGUCGCCGCGUGGUCGCGGGGGAGUUCAUCGAGCGGCUGCGGAACGUGCUGCCGGGGGGCAGCUGGUGGCGCCUCGAGGACGGCGAGGAGGCCGGGGAUGACGGUAGCCGCGCCGAGGGUAGCGGGACCACGGCAGUCUCCGCGCUCAGGCGGAUGUGGGGCUUCGUCUCCGCCGACCGCUGGGUUGUCUACGCCGGCUUCGUGUCCCUCGUCUGCGCUGCGCUUGCCGAGAUCGCUAUUCCCCAUCUCCUCGCGGCGUCCAUCUUCUCGGCGCAGAAUGGAGGCGCGGUAUUUUACCGAAAUGCCAAGCUUCUAGUUGUUCUAUGUCUGAUCUCCGGAGUUUUUAGUGGUCUACGAAGCUGCUGUUUUGGUGUUGCAAACAUGAUAUUGGUCAAACGGACGAGAGAAAUGCUAUUCAAUUCCAUUCUUUCUCAGGAUAUUUCCUUUUUCGAUGAAGAAACCGUCGGUGACCUGACAAGUAGGCUUGGUUCUGACUGCCAACAAGUGUCUCGUGUUAUAGGGUGCAGGUGCAUUAAUUUAUCUGCUAAUCUUAUCUUGGCCUCUUGGAAUGUUUACAAUGCUUAUUUGUGCAACAUUAUCGACAAUUAUGCUAGUUCAUGGACGGAAUCAAUCCAUCACAAUUAUAAUUUGAUCGAUAGGUUUCAGAAAAGAGCAGCUAAAUUCGCACAGGAGUGCACUGCAAGCGCCAAUAAUGUUGCUCAAGAGGUGAUAACUUUGGUUAGGACAGUGCGGGUAUAUGGAACAGAAAAGCAUGAGUUUAAAAGGUAUGCAAAGUGGCUGGAUAAGCUGUAUGAUGUAAGCUUUCGACAGACACUAGCUUAUGGGGGUUGGAGCAUAAGCUUGAACUAUCUAUACCAUUCUACUCAGGUCAUUGGAGUGGUAAUUGGAGGAUUAGCUAUUAUGUCUGGGAAGUUAACUGCUGAACAAUUGACAAAAUUCACACUCUAUGCUGAAUGGCUGAUUCUGUCCACAUGGUGGAUUGGAGACAACUGGUCCUCCUUGAUGCAGUCAGUCGGAGCAAGUGAAAAAGUAUUUCGUUUGAUGGAUCUCCUGCCUAGCAAGCAGCUUACCUCUAAAGGACUCAAGUUAGAGAAGUUGGAAGGGCGAAUUCAGUAUGCUGAUGUGUCAUUUUCAUAUCCAUCAAGAUCUACGGUACCGAUUUUGGAAAGAUUGAAUCUAACGCUGAAUCCAAAUGAAGUAGUUGCUAUUGUUGGUCUUAGUGGAAGUGGCAAGAGUACUCUAGUCAAUUUACUACUUCGACUAUACGAACCUACAAAUGGACAAGUAUUAAUUGAUGGUGUCCCACUCACAGAGCUUGAUAUCAGAUGGUUCAGGGAAAGAAUUGGUUUUGUUGGACAGGAACCACGCUUAUUCCGAAUGGAUAUUAGCUCUAAUAUUAAAUAUGGUUGCCCAAGAGAAGUCAGUCAUGAAGAAGUGGUGUGGGCUGCAAAGCAGGCCUAUGCUCAUGAUUUCAUUAUGUCUCUGCCUGAUGGUUAUAACACCAUUGUUGAUGAUGCUCUUCUUAGUGGAGGUCAGAAACAACGUGUCGCUAUUGCCAGGGCCCUUCUGAGGGAGCCAUCUAUUUUACUACUUGAUGAAGCCACUAGUGCACUUGAUGCUGAUAGUGAACAUUAUGUGAAGAGUGUCAUCACAAAAGUUAGUAGUGACUCAAAUACUAAAAGAACCGUGGUCAUCAUAGCACACAGGCUAUCUACAAUUCAAGCAGCUGACAGAAUUAUUGUGAUGGAAAAUGGUAAUAUCGUGGAGGAUGGUAAACAGCACCAACUCAUUAAGAAGGAUGGUUUGUAUUCAAGACUAGCUAGGCGACAAAGUGGCGAUCUCAAGUAGCCCUGAAAUCAUAGAAGGUGGUUUACCCCACGACCUUUUUUCCAGUGGAAUGGCAGGUAAUGAGAGUCGUCUGUCAUUGAUGUAUUCUUUACAAGGACUGACAUGAACCCAGGACUGGAGGUCGAAUAAAAUUGCAAUUGUAUUUACAACUAAUCAAACUAAAUUAUAAUGGUUUUCCCCACGAAGAGGAGCAAGACAAAGUCAACAUCUGGCACGGCAGUAUGGAGAGCAGACUUCUACGAAUUCGUUAGUGAAAAAUAAGUCGGUACGCUACAUUUCGUCAGAGCCAGCAUGUAACUACAAAUGUAUAGGCAUUUUGAUCUUACUACCAGGAACUCUGUAGUCUAACUUAUUUUUACACACGGAGAAGAUGCUCCAAUUUCGUGUAUGAUAUAUCGCAUCUGUGAGUUUCAUGUGA